AGCUUGAGAAAGAGGAUCGUGCUCCAGGUGGAGUCCCCAUGGAGGUGUGGAGCCUUAUCACCAACCUCUAACUGCAGAACUGGGAUGUGGAGCUGGAAGUGCCUCCUCUUCUGGGCUGUGCUGGUCACAGCCACACUCUGUACUGCCAGGCCAGCCCCAACCUUGCCUGAACAAGCUCAGCCCUGGGGAGUCCCUGUGGAGGUGGAGUCCUUCCUGGUCCACCCUGGUGACCUGCUGCAGCUUCGCUGUCGGCUGCGGGACGAUGUACAGAGCAUCAACUGGCUGCGGGACGGGGUACAGCUGGUGGAAAGCAACCGUACCCGCAUCACAGGGGAGGAGGUGGAGGUGCGGGAUUCUGUGCCCGCCGACUCCGGCCUCUACGCUUGCGUGACCAGCAGCCCCUCGGGCAGCGACACCACCUACUUCUCCGUCAAUGUCUCAGAUGCUCUCCCCUCCUCGGAGGAUGAUGAUGACGAUGAUGACUCCUCUUCCGAGGAGAAAGAGACAGACAACACCAAACCAAACCCUGUGGCUCCAUAUUGGACUUCCCCAGAAAAGAUGGAAAAGAAAUUGCAUGCAGUGCCAGCCGCCAAGACAGUGAAGUUCAAAUGUCCUUCCAGUGGGACCCCUAACCCGACACUGCGCUGGUUGAAAAACGGCAAAGAAUUCAAACCUGACCACAGGAUUGGAGGCUACAAGGUCCGUUAUGCCACCUGGAGCAUCAUAAUGGAUUCCGUGGUGCCCUCUGAUAAAGGCAACUAUACCUGCAUUGUGGAGAAUGAGUAUGGCAGCAUUAAUCACACCUACCAGCUCGAUGUUGUGGAGCGGUCCCCUCACCGACCCAUUCUGCAGGCAGGGUUGCCUGCCAACAAGACAGUGGCCCUGGGCAGCAAUGUGGAGUUCAUGUGUAAGGUAUACAGUGACCCACAGCCCCACAUCCAGUGGCUAAAACACAUCGAGGUGAAUGGGAGUAAGAUUGGUCCAGACAACCUGCCUUAUGUCCAGAUCUUAAAGACUGCCGGAGUUAAUACCACCGACAAAGAGAUGGAAGUGCUUCACUUAAGGAAUGUCUCCUUUGAGGACGCGGGGGAGUAUACAUGCUUGGCGGGUAACUCUAUCGGACUCUCCCAUCACUCUGCAUGGUUGACCGUUCUGGAAGCCCUGGAAGAGAGACCAGCAGUGAUGACCUCACCCUUGUACCUGGAGAUCAUCAUCUAUUGUACGGGGGCCUUCCUCAUCUCCUGCAUGGUGGGAUCUGUCAUCAUCUACAAGAUGAAGAGUGGCACCAAGAAGAGCGAUUUCCACAGCCAGAUGGCCGUGCACAAGCUGGCUAAGAGCAUCCCUCUGCGCAGACAGUUGACAGUGUCAGCUGACUCCAGUGCAUCCAUGAACUCUGGGGUUCUGUUAGUUCGGCCAUCGCGUCUCUCCUCCAGUGGAACCCCCAUGCUGGCUGGGGUCUCUGAGUAUGAGCUUCCUGAAGACCCACGCUGGGAGCUGCCUCGAGACAGACUGGUUCUAGGCAAACCCCUGGGAGAGGGCUGCUUUGGGCAGGUGGUGUUGGCUGAGGCUAUCGGGCUGGACAAGGACAAACCCAACCGUGUGACCAAAGUGGCUGUAAAGAUGUUGAAGUCGGAUGCAACAGAGAAAGACCUGUCAGACCUGAUCUCAGAAAUGGAGAUGAUGAAGAUGAUUGGGAAGCACAAGAACAUCAUCAACCUGCUAGGGGCCUGCACGCAAGAUGGUCCUUUGUAUGUCAUUGUGGAAUAUGCCUCCAAGGGCAACCUACGGGAAUAUCUACAGGCCCGGAGGCCUCCUGGGCUGGAAUACUGUUACAACCCCAGCCACAACCCAGAGGAGCAGCUCUCCUCCAAGGACCUGGUAUCCUGUGCCUAUCAGGUGGCCAGAGGGAUGGAGUAUCUUGCCUCCAAGAAGUGCAUACACCGAGACCUAGCUGCCAGGAAUGUCUUGGUGACAGAGGACAACGUAAUGAAGAUUGCUGACUUUGGCCUAGCCAGGGACAUUCACCACAUUGACUACUAUAAAAAGACGACCAAUGGCCGACUGCCUGUGAAGUGGAUGGCACCUGAGGCAUUGUUUGACCGGAUCUACACCCACCAGAGUGAUGUGUGGUCCUUUGGGGUGCUCUUGUGGGAAAUCUUCACUCUUGGUGGCUCCCCAUAUCCUGGCGUGCCUGUGGAGGAGCUUUUCAAGCUGUUGAAGGAGGGUCAUCGUAUGGACAAGCCCAGUAACUGCACCAAUGAGCUAUACAUGAUGAUGCGGGACUGUUGGCAUGCAGUACCCUCUCAAAGACCUACAUUCAAGCAGCUGGUGGAAGACUUGGACCGUAUCGUGGCCUUGACCUCCAAUCAGGAGUAUCUGGACCUGUCAAUGCCCCUGGACCAAUACUCUCCCAGCUUUCCCGACACCCGAAGCUCUACCUGCUCCUCAGGGGAAGAUUCUGUCUUCUCUCAUGAGCCAUUGCCUGAGGAGCCUUGUCUGCCCCGACAUUCAGCCCAGCUUGCCAAUGGCGGACUCAAACGACGCUGA